GGAUUGUCACGUGAUUUUCACGGGGUCUUCAGCCGUUUUGAUACCCAAGUUGUAGGAAAGAAGAUACCAGUUGGAACUCGUCGACAGGUGCUUUCGGGUCUUGAUCAAUUGCCAACUCAAUAAUCAAUCCCCAGAGACUGCGUAAUCAUCACGAUCUCUACAUCAUCUCCAAAGGCAAAGAAUUUUUUCAUACCAAGUUCAGUCUACUGGGGGAAUACUCUAGAUUUAUUGACAGAAUAUCUGGAGAAAUCGUCAAUAGGAUUCAGUUAUUCCGGUCAUUAAUCUCCGAGUGGUAUCUAAGACGUGAUGACACCUGUACGUCAGUCAUUAUUUAUUCUAGUCAUUACUUUAAUUGCAGUGAGCGCAAGGCAAUUUCGAUUGAAGCACGUUUCUGUGGUAUUCCGUCACGGAGAUCGUGCCCCGGACACCAACGCAGCCGAGAGAUUCCCCAAUGAUCCCUACGUGAACGACGAUUUCUUCCCACACGGCGUUGGCGGCCUGACGAACCAAGGCAAACGACGUGAGUUCGUCCUGGGGCGGAAACUUCGAGAUUUUUAUGGGGACUUCCUUGGAGAUAUUUAUUCUCCUCUUACUACUUAUGGUCGCAGUACUAAUUACGAAAGAACGAAAAUGUCUCUUCAGGCCGUUAUGGCAGGAUUAUUCCCUCCAACGCAGGCCCAGCGGUGGCAUCCUGACAUAAAUUGGCAACCAGUCAUUACUGAUUAUGUAAGCAGUGAAAAUGACUUCAUCAUGGUCCCUGAGGAGUGCCCGCAGUACUUGAGGGAAUUAAGGAGAGUGAAAAAUCUUCCAGACGUCCGUAAUAAAUUAUCUGAAUUCUCUGUGUUGAUGAGGGAUUUAUCCGAUUGGACUGGAAAGCAAUUCCGAAGCUCCAACGACAUGUUUAACCUCUAUCAUGCCCUGACAGCGGAGAAUUCACUGAACCUCGAUCUUCCCCGUUGGUCUGCCGAUAUAUUCCCUAAUGGUCUCUUGCUGAAUGGCACGAUUCUGGAGUACGAUGUCGCGAGCUACGGUCAGAAGCUGAAGAGACUCAACGGGGGAAUGCUCCUCAGGAAUAUCAUAGAAACAAUGGAGAAUGUCAUCGAAAGGAGGAGUAGAAGAAAACUUACACUGCUCAGCGGUCACGAGACCAACGUCGCAGCCCUCCUGAAGACUCUGGGGAUCUAUUAUCCUCAUGUUCCUCAGUACUCCAGCGCCGUGAUCGUGGAGUUGCUCUCGGAUGGAGAAGAAUAUUACAUCAGGAUUAAAUAUUACCUGGGGAUUCCCGCAGUUGCUGAGGAGAUGAGUAUUCCAGGCUGUAACUCUCCCUGUUCUUUCCGCCAAUUUAUCCGUGUUCUUCGAAGUGUGAUACCCUCCGACGAGGACAUGAUCUGCGUGAAGGACAAAGUCAACAACAUGAAUGAUUAUUACAAUUACUACUCGGCCACACCGUAAUAGAAAUAAUUGAAUUGAUUGUGAUUGUUGUUGAAGAAAUGUUGUUCAAGUGCAAGGCAAGACAAAUAAAUCAUGAUAAUUUCGCAAAUA